AUGGGACACACCCAAGAUGUUGGAAGAACAUUUCUGCAUAGGAACGAGAGGGCAGAGUUGGCAGGACGGCUGUCACAGGGUGUUGCUGUUGGACGAGUUUUACAAGAUGUCCGAAGUGCACCAAUCGCUGCAAGUGUGGAGAGAAUCCAUCUCCUUGAGAAAAAAGAUUUGCAUAAUAUAAAAAGGGAUUUUGAUAUUGGUUAUGCAACGAAGAAGCAUGAAAAUGAUGCAGUGAGUGUGAAAUUGUGGGUUGAAGAAAUGAAGAGACAAAGUGACAACCCAGUACUGUAUUUCAAGCAGCAAAAACAAGUGGAUCCUAAUUUUCAAGAUGAAGACUUCUAA